UGUGAUCAGCAAUUUGAUCCAAUACUUGAAUAAAAAAAACUUUCUCUGUCUACGUGUACAGCUUCGAAGCGGCAGUGAAGUGCAGAACACGGAGUGUGAUGUCAGCAUCGUGAAUCUAUUCCGCCAUGUUGAGAGAAGUAGGUCUACGUCUACAGAUUAGUAGUCACGCGUUAGAGAUGACUGUGACUGACAGACUGUCUGGUCCAAUGGCAGAUGAGUCUCUGAAGAUUUGAUUGGUCAAAAUUUGUGUCUGUAAGAAAUACUUCCGCGGAUCAGCCAAUAGGCAUUCGAGUGGCGCAGAAAAGGGCGGGUUCUGUUUUAGUAUAAAGAGGAGGGUUGAGCCGUACACCCUGCAUAUAGAAGCUAAAGUCGUCUGUGUGGAAGACUCUCCAAACCAGUGCGAAAAUGAGGGAAAUCGUCCAUCUCCAGGCCGGACAGUGCGGGAAUCAGAUUGGUGCCAAGUUCUGGGAGGUCAUCAGUGACGAGCACGGAAUUGACCCAACUGGAACCUACCAUGGAGACAGUGACCUGCAGCUGGACAGGAUAAACGUGUAUUACAAUGAGGCCUCAGGUGGUAAAUAUGUUCCCCGUGCUGUGCUGGUGGAUCUGGAGCCGGGCACCAUGGACUCCGUGAGGUCCGGACCUUUUGGCCAAGUCUUUAGGCCAGACAACUUUGUAUUUGGCCAGAGUGGUGCUGGCAACAACUGGGCCAAGGGUCAUUACACGGAAGGUGCAGAGCUGGUGGACUCUGUCCUGGAUGUGGUGAGAAAGGAGGCAGAGAGCUGUGACUGCUUGCAGGGCUUCCAGCUCACACACUCACUGGGUGGGGGCACUGGCUCCGGUAUGGGAACUCUGCUCAUUAGCAAGAUCCGUGAAGAAUACCCAGACCGCAUUAUGAACACCUUUAGCGUGGUGCCCUCCCCAAAAGUAUCAGACACAGUUGUUGAGCCCUACAACGCCACACUAUCAGUCCACCAGCUUGUUGAAAACACAGACGAGACCUACUGCAUCGACAAUGAGGCCCUCUACGAUAUCUGUUUCCGUACCCUCAAACUCACAACCCCCUCUUACGGAGACCUCAACCACCUGGUCUCUGCCACCAUGAGCGGCGUCACCACUUGCCUCAGGUUCCCUGGGCAGCUCAACGCUGACCUGCGCAAGUUGGCUGUAAACAUGGUGCCAUUCCCCCGUCUGCACUUCUUCAUGCCAGGCUUUGCUCCCCUCACAAGCCGUGGCAGCCAGCAGUACCGAUCGCUCACUGUGCCAGAGCUCACCCAGCAGAUGUUCGAUGCCAAGAACAUGAUGGCUGCCUGCGACCCACGUCAUGGCCGCUAUCUGACCGUGGCUGCCAUCUUCCGUGGCCGCAUGUCCAUGAAGGAAGUGGAUGAGCAGAUGCUGAACGUACAGAACAAAAAUAGCAGCUACUUUGUAGAAUGGAUCCCCAACAACGUGAAGACUGCAGUCUGUGACAUUCCUCCCCGUGGCCUCAAGAUGGCAGCCACCUUCAUUGGCAACAGCACAGCCAUCCAGGAGCUGUUCAAGCGCAUCUCUGAGCAGUUCACUGCCAUGUUCAGGCGCAAGGCUUUCCUCCAUUGGUACACCGGAGAGGGUAUGGAUGAGAUGGAGUUCACCGAGGCAGAGAGCAACAUGAACGACCUGGUGUCCGAGUACCAGCAGUACCAAGACGCAACUGCUGAGGAGGAGGGAGAGUUUGAGGAGGAGGGUGAGGAGGAGCUCGCCUAAAGUCUUCCAAUCUGCUGUUCUUAAAAAUUGUUUCGUUCUUGUAACGUGUGUUGUUCUGUCUGCUGUUGGAGUUAAUAAAAGUUCAACAAAUGGUAAA